AGGUUGGGGGUUUUAUGGACACCCUAGAAUAUUUUUAGAGUUCCAUUAGUUGCUCAAUGAAGACGAAAACGAUGGCGUAGGCACCGCUCGCUACGUCAGCACGGGCCAUGCCGGGUGUGGGUGUAUAUGUGUGUGUGUCUACCCGGUUCGUACGUAAUAGAUUGGGGGAAUCACCCCACUCGCACUAUGAUGAUGUUUGAGGGGGAGGAGGUUUGGUGCUGAGCCGGGAGGGAAGGGGUGUGCCUUUAUAAGAAGCCUCAGAGGAGGUAUGUGUUCAGUUGUUGAAACCUUAGCCCAAGGAUACAAGCUGAGAUUAUAAACUCCCUUGUCGCCACAGAAGAAGCACCCCGAGAAAAUCUCUACGUCACAGAUAAAGGCUGACCUUAUCCAGCUAUUGUUGGCCUUUCUUCUUGACUCCUCUACUUGUUGGGCUCCUGUUUGUUCCUGCCUGUCUGGAUUGUGCAGAGCCAUGAAGAUUCCUCUGUGGUGCCUGCUGGUUCUACUUCCAUGUUUCUUCACCCCUGGACACAGUGACUGCCAGGGGGAGUGCGUGGCCUGUGGUCUCCUCCUGCAGCAGCAACAGCAACACAAUUUUGACACCAUGGUGUGCUUGUUAGAGUGCAAGGGUCAGGUCUCCUCCUCGCUCACCUGGGAGAUGUGUGAGCGCACCCUGAGGCUCGCCAUCUAUCCUCCGUUUGCUCAGGAAGGCGCCCUUCUCAAAAGCACUGCGGGAGGGCUGCAGAUGACCUCUCUGGAUCUGACCUCUGAUAGUAAACUGCAAUCAGCGGCCGCACAACCUUUCCAAGAGGAGGAUGAGGAUCUGGUUGAGGCCCCCUUUGAGCAGCGCCGUGUCCAUUAUGACUCAUCACUGCUCGAAUCCUCGGAGGCGGGGGAGGACGUGCAGAGUCUGGCUCUCCGUCUGGAUGAAGGAGACGGCGAGCAGAGGGAAGAUGGGAAUGUCAGCGAGCUGGAUGAAAGCUCAGAGGCCGUUAGCUUAUCCAAACGCUUUGGCGGCUUUCAGCGGGGCCGCCAAAGUUACAGGAAGUUGAUUGGCUCCCCUGCGAGACACUUACAGAAGCGCUAUGGAGGCUUCAUAGGCGUCCGCAAAUCUGCCCGAAAAUGGAACAGUCAGAAACGGGUCAACCAGCUGCUCAGGCAGUACCUCGGCAUGAGGAGCAGCCGCAGCGGCCGCUUCAAUUUCUCCCCGGUAACAAGAGCCUGGAGGCAAAACAAACUGUAAACAGGUUGCCCAAAAUCCUGCUAUCCACAUACCUCAACCAAUCAUCUUUUCAACAGUCUGAACUGUGACUUCCUCCAUUGUCGUCGGCUCUUUGUGUCCAACAAGUAAAACAAGGAAUGCUAUGACCAUGAUCAAUAUUUAUCAUGCCGUCCUGUGAAAUAAAAGAAUUUAGAGAAGUGCAAUUGAAUAUAUUUUUGUUUGUCGGUGCAACCAGAGACAGGCCAAAUGAGAUUGGAAAAACAAGGUGUGACUUUUGACUGCACUUUCUUGAAAAGUCAUUUGCACUUUAGUUUGGAAAGCUUGACAGCCCAGCCAGCUCUCAUUAGUUGUGUUGAAUCCGUUGAGAUGUCUCGACUUGGAAGUUUAAAAUUCUGGUGGUUCUCUUGGACUUCAUGCUAUUCCCAAACUACUGACGAGUGGAGUCAGUCUGUAAUUCACAAGUGUCAAACUUGAUUUUAGCAAGAGCCACGUAAUUAAAGUUCCCCUCGGGGGGGCCGGUUCUAACCAUGAAACCACAUAAAUGUAUAAUUGCUAGGGAUGUAAUAUCAAAUAUAUAUUUUUAAAAAUCACAGUCCGGUCUGGAGUGUAAGCCCGCCUUGAUUUUAAGAUCACAGUUCGGUUCACAUUCGGUACAGUAAAGAAACAAAAUGCAAUUGAAAUUGCAUAUAUUUCAUGAAAACAGAUGCAAAUUUUGUGACAUUUAAAAUACAUUUUAAAUCAUUUGUGAUGUAAACAGGGGCAGCUAACAAUUUGAACAGUGUGACUUAAAAUCACCAAAUAGUUAUUGCAAUUAUUAAAUUGCUUUUAACGUUUGUACCGGGAACCCUAGUAAUGGCACCAUUACAUUACAUAUUUGUAUAUUUUAUGGUCAGCUUUUAUGUGCCCUCACAAAAUUACAUUAAUGCUAUAUGCUAAUUGGACUUGCACAGAUUGUACAAUUGAUUUUUUCCCCCUUUCUGACAACUCACCAAACUGCAUCUAUCAGUCC